GAUACACUGAAAGUUGAAAAAUAUGUUUCUAAUCAUACUGGUUCUUCUGGUAUUCAAUACAAAUUGUUAUGGCAAUUCUGAAAAGCCUUGUGCUUUAAAGGAUCAUUUAAUCAGAGAGAUUGAAAGUAACUUGGUGGAACUUAAGUCUUUGCAUGUUCAGACACCCGAAUAUGGCGGACAUCAAGGUGAAACGUAUAUUAGAUGGGGAAAGUCCAGUUGUCCAAAGAAAGCAACACUGGUUUAUGAUGGGUAUGCUGCCGGUAACGAUUAUAGCAUUGCCGGAUCAGGUUCAAAUUUCCUAUGUCUACCAAAGAACCCGGAUUGGAAAGAAUAUACGAGCGGAGCAAAUCACGGCACAGGUCGUAUAUUUGGUGUUGAAUAUGAAAUAUUAAACAAUAAACCCUAUCCAAAGAGUUUCCACAAUCAGGACAUGCCAUGUGCAGUGUGUUUGACAGCUAGCUCUACUGUUCUGAUGGUUCCAGGAAAAAAUAAAUGUCACAAAGGCUGGAAUAAAGAAUUUUCGGGUUAUUUGAUGUCGGAAAUUACCAGCUCAACCCGUACACCGUCUGAAUACAUCUGCGUAGACGAGAAGUUGGAGUCCGUUCCAGGUGGUGGGGCUGGUCGAGAUCAAUCCGUUGUUUAUCCAGUAGAAGCUGUAUGUGGGAAUUUGAAAUGUCCCCCGUAUGUUGGUGGUAGAGAACUUACGUGUGUUGUCUGUUCCAAGUAA